AUGUUUGUUCAUCUUGCUAAACGUAUUGCAAUGCCCGGCGAGACGUCGGUAACAAAAUGUGGAUGGAAUGCAGUAGAUGGUUAUGUAUCAGCUGGUUGUGCUGAUGGUCUUGUUAAAGUUCUUAAAUUAGAAAUACCUGAAACUGGUGAUGCCCGAUCACGUGGUGUUGCUGGUCAAGCACAAUUAACAAAAAAUCAAACAUUAGAAGGUCAUUCAAAUGCUAUAUCAAGUAUAGCAUGGAAUGAACGUUUUGGAAAAUUAACAACAGCUGAUUCAAAUGGAACAGUUAUCGUUUGGGUUGAUAGUGCACAAAAUGAAUUUGUACAAGAUAUGCUUAAUAAUCGAACAAAAAAUCGUAUAAGUGAUAUGAAAUGGAAUUCAACUGGACAAAUGAUUUGUAUUGGACAUGAAGAUGGAAAUGUGAUUAUUGGAUCUGUUGAAGGAUCAAGAAUAGCUGGAAAAAGUUUAAAAAAUAAUAAAUUAGCUAAAGUCGAGUGGUCACCUGAUAGUCGUUUAUUACUUUUUGGUUUUGUACGUGGUGAAAUUCAUAUUUACGAUGUUAAACUUAAUUAUCUAGCUCCAAUACAAAUAUUUUGUAUUCGCGAAGGUGUACCAUCGGCUGAAAUAGCCGGUAUUGAAUGGUAUGAUGGAAGUAAUGGAUUAAUGUCAGCAAAUUGUAAAAGUCUUGUUAUAUGUUAUGAAAAUGGUGCUAUGCAAUUAAUGUCAAGAGAAGAUGAUCCAUCACCAAUUAUUCUUGAUGUUGAUAUGCAUGUUGUAUCAAUUAAAUGGAAUGAUAAUGGCUCCAUGUUAGCUGUUGCUGGUUAUCAAACAACAGGAGAUAAAACACAUAAUUUUAUUAAUUUUUAUUCACCAUGGGGAGAACAUUUACGUUCAUUGAAAGUAACGGGUAAAACAAUUUCAGAUUGUGCAUGGGAAGCACAUUCACUUCGAAUUGUGAUUGCCAUUGAUAAUUUUAUUUAUUUUGCUAAUUGUCGAUUAGAUUAUAAAUGGUGUUAUAUUCAAGAUACAGUUAUCUAUUCAUUUUAUACAUGUACUAGACCGGAACAUAUUGUUGUAUUUUGGAAUACAAAAACAAAUGAAGUUCAUUAUCGAUAUGUUCGAAAUUUACUUGGAAUUGGUGGUUAUGGUUCAUAUUGUUGUAUUGGUGCAUUAGUUGAACGUAUAGCACCACCCAUGAAUAAUGCAAUAGCAGAUACACAUGUUAUUCUACUAUGUAAUUCAAUUGGUAUUACAAUUGAAUCAAAAUAUGUACCGUUUCAACCAGUACAUAUUUGUGUAACAGAAAGUUAUGCAAUUAUAUCAGCUAAAUCAUUAAUUUAUAUUUGGGGUAUAAGUGGUUUUAUCGGAUCACAAAUGGUUAAAAAACAACCAUUUGAAAAAUUUAUUCAAAUUGAUGAUCCAGCAACAGUACGACAAGGGGAUGAACUUCAAUCAAGUUUAAUGGCAAAUGUAGAUAGCAUUGAAACAGAAGAUCCAAUUACAAGUAUAUCUGCAACAGAUAAAUGGUUUUUUGUGGCACGAUCAUCUGGACUUGUUCUUCGUUAUUCACUUCCCGCAUGUAAUUUAAUGGAAAAGAUUGAAUGUCAAUUUCAUAUAAGUAAAAUUGCACUUAAUCCAAUAGCAACAUUAAUGUCUGUUAUUGAUAUUAAUGGAAAUUGUAUGUUAAUUGAUUUGGAAAGUAAAGAACCACGGGAUGAAAUAACAAAUUUUAAAAAAAGUGAUGUCUGGAAUGUUAUUUGGGCUAAAGAUCUUCCUGAUUCAUUUGCAAUUAUGGAGAAAACAAAAAUAUCAUUUGUACGUGGUACUGAAACAGAAGAAGCUGUACCUUGUUCAGGUUAUGUAUGUGAUUAUAAUAAUUUACAAGUUAAAGUUGUUAUGCUUGAUGAAAUUAUGAAAAUGCAUUUACGUGGUGUACAAGCACCAUCAUCAGAUUAUAUAACAAUUUAUGAUAAUAAAUUAUUGAGAGAUAUGAAAACAGCAAGUGAAAAAUUACCAUUAGAACAAGUGAGCAGUUUAAUUGAAAAAGAUCCUCAUCCACAAUUAUGGCGUGCACUUGCUGAAGAAGCACUCAAUCAUUUAGAUAUUAAAGUAGCUGAACAUGCUUUUGUUAAAGUUCAUGAUUAUUAUGGUUUACAAUUUUUAAGACGUUUACAACAAUUUCAAGGUGAACAAUUAAAACGUGCCGAAAUUGCCGCAUUUCUCAAACGUGAUGAAGAAGUGGAAAAAAUCUAUAUACAUAUGGAUCGAAAGGAUUUAGCUUAUCAAUUACGACGUAAAUUAGGUGAUUGGUUUCGUGUUGUUCAAAUUCUUCAGUCAGGUACUGUAGCUAGUGAUGCUAUGCAAAAUGAAGCAUGGAAUGAAUUAGGAGAUUUUUAUUAUGAUCGUCAACAAUGGGCUACUGCAGUUAAAUAUUAUGAACAAAGUGGAAAUAAUUCUCAAGCAUUUCAUUGUUAUGCUUUAGUUGAAGAUUAUGCUGCAUUAGAAAAACUUAGUCGUUCUUUACAAGAAAAUGAUCCAUUACUAAAACCUAUUGGAGAUACAUUUGCUACAGUUGGUUUAUCUGAACAAGCAGUGGAUGCAUAUAAACGAUGUAAUCGUGUGCAAGAAGCUGUUCAAAUGUGUAUUGAAUUUAGUCAAUGGGAUAUGGGUAUAGAAUUAGCUCGUCAAUAUAAUUUAAAUGACGUUAAAUCUUUAUUAACACGACAAGCAAAAACUUUACUUAGUCAAAAUAAACCAUUCGAUGCUAUUGAAUUAUAUAAAAAAUCUGCGAAUUAUUUAGAAGCUGCAAAAAUUCUCUAUGGAAUUGCAGAAAAUCAUAGUAAAGAAAAUCGUCCAUUAUUAAUAAAGAAAAAAAUGUAUAUAUUAUGUGGAUUACUUAUUGAAAAAUAUCGUACUGCAAUGAAAACAACAUCACGAAAAGAAAAAAAAUCAACAGCAACUAUUUCUGCAUCAGAUGCUUUACAAGGUUUGUUAACAGAAGAAACAACAGGUUCAGGUGGUGUAUCAGAUACACAAUUAAUUGAUAAUGUAUGGCGACCUGCUGAAGCCUAUCAUUUCUAUAUACUUGCACAACAACAAUUUAAAGCAAAUAAUGCUGAUGGAGCAUUACGAUCUGCUCUUACUCUAUCGGAAUAUGAAGAUAUUAUUCCUGUUCAAACAAUUUACAAUCUUAUAGCACUUUGUGCGACGUCAUGUGGAGCAUUUAGUACGGCAAGUAAAGCAUUUCUUAAACUUGAAGAUGAUUCAUCAAUUAAUGAAGAAGAUCGAAAGGAAUAUCAAAAAUUGGCCUUUCAAAUAUUUCUUAGCUCACAACCAAAAGAUAAACGUCCUGUACUCUCGGGACAAUGCCCACAAUGUAGCCAUAGAAUUAAUGAUUGGUGUUUAAAUUGUCCACAAUGUGACUGGCGCUUUCCACCAUGUAUUGUUACUGGUCGACCGAUUAUUGAAUAUGCUUUUUGGAUCUGUCCAGCUUGUAAACACCGUGCAUUACAAAAUGAAAUGGCUCGUCUUGAUAUCUGUCCUUUUUGUCAUUCUUCUGUAAAUGGUUAG